AUGGCCGUCAAAACGAAUGGAAUUGAACUCUUUCAGUCUUUAUCGAUGCUGUUCGAUCAACAGUUUUCUGGUUAUCUUUUUGCCAUUUCACUGGCCAUUUGUGCCAUCAGUUUGGUCGAUUGCCGAAGCUUGAACCGUCGCGAUGUUUCCCACCUGCCUUUGGAGUACCUGCCCCCAGUGGUUUUGCCGCCCUUGCCCAGUCGUGACUAUUUGCCACCUGUCGAACAACACGCAUCCUCGUUGUCACAUGUCUUGCAGCCACCUCGUGAUUAUUUGCCACCCGUCAAUAAUGAAUAUUUGCCACCAGUUGAGGAAAAUGAAGAAUUAGAACUUCCAACCACAACCACCGAAGCGGAAAUCGAGGAAACCACCGAAGAAGUGAUUCCUACUACCACAGUGGCUGCAGUUACAGAACCGCAAACCGAAGCCCAACCAGAGGCAGAACCAGAAGUUGAAGUGAAAACCCAUGAAGAUGUCGUCGAGGAUGAGCAACCCAAAGAGGAAGUAGAAUCGGCUGUCCUACAGGCUGAUGGCUAUCAUUAUCGUACACCCGAGGUGGUGCCCGAUCUUUUGCCCACCAAGGAAUAUCUGCCACCCUUAGAUCACAAUAAUGUCGUGGCCGAAGAAGUGCCCAAUAGCAAGGAGGCUUCGGCUGCUCUGCAAGAUGAUGGCUAUCAUUAUCGGUCCAUCAAGAGAUUGCGUUUCUAG